AUGACUUCAACAGAGGACUCCAUGAGAAGAGCCCCUACUCAGGCCAGCACACUGCCCUGGCUGCUGCCACACUUUGAGGCCGGCACUCUGGUGGAGCUCCAGGACGGUCGUCUGAGGCGAGUGCUGCACUGCUGCUGCCCUGUGCAGAGUGUGUACCCCUCACAGAGCCCCAAUGUGUACCGCCUGCUGCUGCUGCCGCACUCCCAGCCCCAGAGGACGGCCCGUCUGUGUGGCCUUCAGUGUCGGCAGCUUAUUGUGGGGGAUGUGUGCCUGGCCCUCACCCCCAUCUUGGCUCCAUCGUUCCUAGACUCUGAGACCCCACCUGGACCGACUGGGACAGGCAGGUGUGAGAAGCCACUGAUGCCCCCAGGCCUCCAGACGUCACUCCCUGUGGAGAACAGUAGAGCUGAGGAGAGGCGCUAA